GUGAGCAGCCCCAGCUAUCCCUAACUAAUCCCAUUGCUUCUCAGUUUGGCUACAGCUUGGCUUAGUACAGAGCAGGAAUUUUGCAGCUUGCUAUUAUCAGGUUAAACAGUAAGAUUUUGUCCAUGUUAGAACUCAUAGAAGUGAAUGGAACCCCUGGCAGCCAGCUUUCUACUCCCCGCUCUGGGAAGUCUCCAAGCCCAUCUCCCACCAGCCCAGGAAGCCUACGGAAACAGAGGAGCUCCCAACACAGUGGCUCCUCUACCUCAUUAGCAUCCACCAAAGUCUGCAGCUCUAUGGAUGAAAAUGAUGGACCUGCAGAAGAAGUGUUGGAGGAAGGUUUCCAGGUCCCAGCAUCGAUAGCAGAGCGAUAUAAAGUUGGAAGGACUAUAGGAGAUGGAAAUUUUGCUAUUGUGAAGGAGUGUAUAGAAAGAUCAACUGGUAGAGAAUAUGCUCUGAAAAUUAUCAAAAAAAGUAAAUGUAGAGGAAAAGAACACAUGAUCCAGAACGAGGUAUCUAUUUUAAGACGAGUCAAGCAUCCCAAUAUUGUACUUCUGAUUGAGGAGAUGGACAUGCCAACUGAGUUGUACCUUGUAAUGGAACUUGUAAAGGGAGGAGAUCUUUUUGAUGCUAUUACUUCCACCAACAAAUACACAGAGCGGGAUGCCAGUGGGAUGCUUUACAAUCUGGCCAGUGCCAUCAAAUAUCUUCACAGCCUGAACAUUGUCCACAGGGAUAUCAAGCCGGAGAAUCUACUGGUUUAUGAACACCAGGAUGGAAGCAAGUCCCUGAAGCUAGGAGACUUUGGCCUAGCAACAAUUGUGGAUGGACCUCUAUAUACUGUUUGCGGGACCCCAACAUAUGUAGCUCCAGAAAUCAUUGCUGAAACUGGAUAUGGCUUGAAGGUGGACAUCUGGGCAGCGGGCGUGAUUACUUACAUCCUGCUCUGUGGUUUUCCUCCAUUCCGUGGAAGUGGAGACGACCAAGAAGUGCUUUUUGAUCAGAUUUUGAUGGGGCAGGUGGAUUUUCCAUCUCCAUAUUGGGACAAUGUUUCUGACUCCGCAAAGGAACUUAUCACAAUGAUGCUUCAAGUAGAUGUAGAUCUGCGAUUCUCAGCCUUGCAAGUUCUUGAGCAUCCAUGGGUUAAUGACGAUGGCCUUCCAGAGAAUGAACACCAGCUCUCAGUAGCUGGGAAGAUAAAGAAGCAUUUCAACACAGGCCCUAAACCGAACAGCACAGCGGCUGGAGUUUCUGUCAUAGCACUGGACCACGGGUUUACCAUCAAGAGAUCAGGGUCUUUGGACUACUACCAACAACCAGGAAUGUAUUGGAUAAGGUAUGAGAUGGUGCAGCGCCAACA